AUGAAAGUUAAAUUAAUUUUUUUACGUCUUUUGAAGAAAUUGAAAUCAUUUUUGGUCCUUAGUGUUACAGUUUCUUUACUGUUUUAUUACACUUUCCAAAAUGAAAUUGACAUUUUGAAUUCAUAUGCAGAGAACGAGUCCUUACCUACCAUCGAUACACAUGGGAAAGCAAAAGGAAGUGAUAUAUUAUUUGGUAAUGAAUUACCGUCUAUUACUAAUAUUGUAGAAGAUACAAACAUUAUUAGGCAAAAUAAUAUUCCUAGUGACCGAAAUGAUCAAAAUAAAGGGCCACCAAACAAAUUAAAUGAGCUACCAUCUCAAAAAGUUAAUCUAAACGAAAAGAAUAAGUAUUUUCCAUUGUUGGUUUCGUCUCCUGACCAUGAUCCAUCUUUACAUUACGAGCAAUACCAAUUAGGCGAUACAAUACCACCAUUGCAACCAAUCAACCCUUCAUCUUUUAAAGAAAAGUAUCCUGUAAUGUACGAAAAGUCAUUUCCAAUAGAUAUGACUGAUAAAGACACUUUGUCAUUUCCUGCUAUUUUGACAGAUCGUGAUAAUACUAUGCUUAAAAAAAUACAUGACAUAUUUAUUAAAUCGUGGGAACAACAAGUUUCACAAUGGAUGAGUGAUCCAUGGCCUAUAUGUCUUAUUGAUUCAUUGAGUACACUUUAUAUUAUGGGAGAUACAACAGACUUUCAAAGAGCAUUAAAUCUGUUAACAAAAAUCGAUUUCAAAAUACCUUACACUGUAAGUGAGCUAAUUGAUAUUCCAGAUUUAACAACUCGAGGUCUAGGUGGUUUACUUUCUUUAUAUGAACUCUCAGGAGAAGAUAUUCUUUUAGUUAAAGCCAAGCAACUGGGAGAUUUUAUUUUGAGAUCUUUUGACACCCCAAACAGAUUACCAGUAAUUUCGUAUCCUUGGAGAUCACCAUAUAAUAACAGGUUUCCAUAUAAAGAAACAAAGUUAGGCUCUAUGAUGAAAUUGACUUUAGAAUUAACAAAACUUUCACAACUAUCAUAUGAUAACAAGUACUUCAAUGCUGUUUAUAGUAUAUUACAAUAUGUGUGGGAAACUUCGAUGGAACUACCUAUUAAAUCUUUAUUUCCUAAUAUUGUGGAUGCGUCUGGUUGUAAAGUAUUGUCAAGUAAGGAAUUAUCUAUGGGUACCCACCAAAAGGAUCAGAUAAUGAAAAGUAUUAAUGAAAAUUUGAAUUUUGUCUUUUGUCAUCAGUUCAAGCACUUCAACAAUUAUUCAUCGACAAUAUCAGUGGAUGAUAAAGAUUAUUUUUCCAUAUAUGAUUCAUUAGCUAAAUUAUAUUCAUUACUUAAUGUUGAUAUUCUACAUUCUAUGAAGUCGGUCGCAGAACGUACUCAAGCAUUAAAUACAAUAGAUAAACAUAAAGGUUCUAAUGAUAAUGACUUAACAAAAGAAUCAUUAUCAUCUGAAAAUAAGCAAAAGAUCAUAGACUCAAACAUAAUAUUCCAUGAGGCUAUGGAAAAUAUUAUUAAUCUUAUGUUAUUUAAACCAUCAGCACCAACAAAUUUAACAGUUUUAACAAACCUGUAUACCAAUGCAUUAUAUUCACUUACCACCAACGAUUUAGAAGUACAAUUAAGAAGAGAUUUUACGUUUCAACCUGAGGCAUGUCAAUUUCCCUCCACUUUGCUUUAUGGAAACAAACUAUUUUUAGUUGAUAAUGAGAAGGAUAAUUUAUAUUUACAAGUAGCAUCCGACUUGGUGGAUUCCUGUUUUACUUUAUUUAAGGAGUAUCAUGGAGUAAUGAGGCCACUUUCUUUAGAUUGGGGAUCUGAAUAUUCAACUAUGCAUAGAUUAGCAUCGAUUAUGGAAGAUGAGGAGAUAGAUACUAUGAGUUCUAAUAAUUUUGAUUACGAUGAAAAUGUCAAGAUAGAGAAUAUUUUGAAAGGUAGACAUAUUGGUUUUGAGAAUGGUUUUGAUAUUCAUAAUGAAGUAUUUGCUUCAAAAGUGAAACAAUCCAACUUGAAUAGUGAAGAAUGGAAGCGAAGUUAUAGUUUUAUUAAAAAUGAAGCAUUCUUAAAUAUCAAGUUGACAAAUCAGGAUAUUGAUAUAGAGAAGAAAGUUUGGAAUAAGAAUUAUCAUAAACAUGCAGAUAUGCCAUUAUGGAUCAAUAAUAUUGAUGACUCCAAGGAAAGUGUUUUAUCACCUUUUUUGAUUAAAUCCUUGCUAUAUUUAUAUAGAAUGACAGGUAAUCAGAAAUGGAGACAAAUAGGGAAAGAAUUAUUUGAAAUAACCGUUAAUAAGAUUAGAGACUUGAAUUUGGGACCGAAAGGAGUAUGGAAAGUUAAUGAAAUAUCUAAAGAAAAUAUUCCGAGUUAUUGGUUUUCACAGACAUUAAAAUAUUACUAUUUGCUUUUUGAAGAUCCAUCUAAGUUUUCAUUUGAUGAUUAUGUCUAUACUGAUGGUGGACAUAUAAUGGCUAGGAACAAAAAAAGAUUCAAGAAAAAUAAAUCCCCCCUAAAGGAAACGUUAAGAUAG